GCCAACGGGAACACGGAUUCCCUGCACCUCCUGAUAGACAGCGGGGAGCGGGCGGACAUCACCGACGUCAUGGACAUCCACGGCCAAACCCCACUGAUGCUGGCGAUCAUGAAUGGCCACGUUGACUGUGUCCACCUGCUGCUGGAGAAGGGAUCCACCGCCGAUGCGGCAGACAAGAGGGGAAGGACAGCCCUGCACCGAGGGGCUGUGACGGGCUGUGAGGACUGCCUGGCCGCCCUGCUGGACCACGAUGCCUUCGUUCUGUGUCGGGAUUUCAAAGGCCGGACCCCGAUCCACUUUGCGUCGGCGUGCGGGCACUUAGAAAUCCUGAGGACCCUGCUGCAGGCAGCCCUCUCUACCGACCCUCUGGACUCCGUGGUGGACUACAGCGGUUACUCACCGAUGCACUGGGCUUCAUACAGUGGGCAUGAAGAUUGUCUUGAAUUGUUACUUGAACACAAUCCGUUUGCGUACCUAGAAGGAAACCCCUUUACUCCAUUGCACUGUGCAGUAAUUAACAACCAGGACGGCACUGCUGAAAUGCUGGUGGAAGCAUUAGGUGCCAAGAUUGUUAAUAGCAGAGAUGCCAAAGGAAGGACACCCCUUCACGCUGCUGCCUUUGCAGACAACAUCCAUGGUUUACAGCUGCUUCUGCGCCACCAAGCCGAGGUGGACACGACCGACAAGCUGGGGAGAACUCCCCUCAUGAUGGCUUCUGAGAACGGGCACACUGCAGCAGUCGAGUUCCUGCUGUACCAAGCAAAAGCAAAUAUAACUGUGCUGGAUGUCAACAAGAACACAGCUCUUCACUUGGCCUGCAGCAAGGGCCAUGAAAAGUGUGCCUUGUUGAUCCUGGGGGAAACCCAAGACCUUGGCCUUAUCAAUGCAAGUAACAGUGCUCUGCAGAUGCCUCUCCACAUCGCAGCUCGGAACGGGCUGGCCUCCGUCGUCCAGGCCCUGCUCAGCAGAGGUGCCACUGUGCUGGCUGUGGAUGAAGAAGGUCAUACCCCAGCCUUGGCAUGCGCCCCCAACAAGGACGUUGCCGACUGCCUGGCACUUAUCCUCUCCACCAUGAAGCCUUUCCCACCUAAAGACGCCAUCAGCUCUUUCAGCUUCAACCUCCUCAAGAACUGCGGCAUUGCAGCCAAAACCGCCGCCUGGCCAAACGGCAGCCCCUGCCCCUACAGCAAGGACCGGCACAAUGCCAUCGGCUUGGACGGCUGUUACUCGGAGUAG